AGCAGCAGGAACAGGAGCAAAAGCCGGGGUUCCGGGCCUGACGCUGCCAUGGCUAGCAGCACGCUUAGGCUAUACCCAGGCCCGCACCGGGGCUGAGCUGAGCGCCUAGGUUCCGACUCCCCAGGAAGAUUCUGGGAAAGGGAAGCCGAGCCCGCUGAGAGGAGGAGCUGUGCUCCGGACUCCGCCCUGGAAAAAAGGCGUAACCCGAGGCCACCGAAAACCCGAGAUGCAGACGGCGAGACAAGUUCGCUCCCAGGACCCUGGUCAGCGGCGGGUGCUGGACCGGGCAGCCAGGCAGAGGCGGAUCAACCGACAGUUGGAGGCAUUAGAGAACGACAACUUCCAGGAUGACCCCCACGCCGGCCUUCCCCAGCUGGGCAAGAGACUACCUCAGUUUGAUGAUGAUGCAGACACAGGAAAGAAAAAGAAGAAAACUCGAGGCGACCACUUCAAACUUCGCUUCCGCAAAAACUUCCAGGCUUUGCUGGAGGAGCAGAACCUGAGUGCAUCUGAGGGCCCCAACUACUUGACAGCCUGUGCGGGUCCCCCAUCUCGGCCCCAGCGUCCCUUCUGUGCUGUGUGUGGCUUCCCAUCCCCGUAUACCUGUGUAAGCUGUGGUGCCCGGUAUUGCACGGUGCGCUGCCUGGGCACCCAUCAGGAGACCCGGUGUCUGAAGUGGACUGUGUAAACCUGGCAUCAGGGAGAAGUACCCCCAACUCUCCCCAACCCACCCCAGCUCAUCCACAAAGGACAGCGAGAAAGGAUCUACCCAUUCACCCAACAAAGCUGUACCCUGCCGACCAAGGAAGGCCCCAUGGACCCCAGGGACUGUUAUGGGGGUGAUCCAGACCACAGAGUGCUGUGAUAAUAAAUGACCUGGUGAAAGGA